AUGGCUGCAGCAAAUGCCAGAUUCAAUCCAGUCGAAGAUCCUUCAUCACUUUACGAUCUUCAUCAUUCUGAAAAUUACAGUUCUGUGAUUGUUACUCCAGAAUUAACUUCUAAUUUCACAUCUUGGAAGAGGUCUUUCUUGCUUGCUGUUUCUAUUAGGAACAAGCAAGGGUUUCUUGAUGGCACCAUUAUCAAGCCAGAUCCUCAAGGUCCUUUGUAUCUGCCAUGGAUUAGAUGCAAUAAUCAUUUGGUUGCAUGGCUCCUUCGAUCUAUAUCAGCACCAAUUGCAUCUACUGUAUUCUACAUGGAAGAUGCUACUCAAAUCUAG